AUGUCUUGUCGUAAAGAGAAAAAGUUUGUGUCAAACAUAUCUGGAACUCAGGAUCUAUCGCCGUCCCGCACAGGACAUGCGCCCAUAUUUAUCCCGGGAAAUGCCCGACCCGUGGAACCGGUGGGCCCACAGAUAGUGGGCGAUAUGAUACAGUUCCGGACGGAACUGAUGUAUCCGUACAAUUUGAGUGACUUCACCGAAAUUACUUCAGCCAAACCAAUACACGAUCAGCCGCUGCCCUUUCGGCUCCCAUUCUUUGGCUUCUGGUAUCACUACAUAUGGAUACAAAGAGAUGGUUAUCUAGCGUUCAAUCGGGGAAUGUUGUCGUAUAAGUUUCCGGUGAAGUUUCCGUUUGUGCCGCGCGAUAACCUGUUAGAGGAGGACCCGUCGAUCAUCGCGCCCUGGUUUGCGAUGCAAGACAUACCGACGGAAGUGCCGCACGCGGGCGUCUACUUGAAGAUUGUCAACUUAGAGCAGGAGUCAAACGCCACGCUUAGGGACAGAAUCUACUAUGACUUCAGGGAAGGCAUGAUUGGCGCCUCCGAUUUCAGGCCCAAAUUUGCCCUCAUUAUCACGUGGAGAAAUAUGUCCAUGGUCAAUCGUAGGCCUGAAAUGCCACUUAAGACCAACACAUACCAGUGCGUGUUGGCUACGGAUGAGAUCCGGACGUACGCUAUGUUCAAUUACGAGCAAAUUGAAUGGAUUACACAUCAAGACAACUAUGAAGGCCUCAAAGGAUCGGCCGCUUAUGUUGGUUUCAACGCCGGCAACACGACCCGCACCUAUGAGUUUAGGCCGUAUUCGCAAAACCCGCGCAUAUCAUAUCUGACCACUCGUGGGUGGGGUAAC